AUGAAGCUCGCCGUCUCUGCUGUAGCGGCGGCUGCCCUCGUCGACGUGGCUGUCGCCUCUGCCCCAGCCAUCGUCAUUAAGGGCUCCAAAUUCUUCUACGAAAACAACGGCACGGAAUUCUUCAUCCGUGGUGUGGCCUACCAGCCCCCCUAUGAUGACGACGGCACGACGACCUCCGCUGGCACGGUCGAUUUCGUCGACCCCCUCGCCAACGAGACCAUCUGCAAGCGGGAUCUGCCCUACCUGCAGGAACUCAACACCAACGUGGUGCGUGUCUACGACGUCGACCCAGACGCGGACCACACCACCUGUAUGAACCUGUUCGCCGACGCAGGUAUCUACGUGCUGGCGGAUCUGUCCUCCGCCGACUACUCCAUCGACAGCAGCGACCCGGAGUGGACCAUUGACCUGUACAACUACUACGCCAGCGUGGUCGACUCGCUGGCCAACUACACCAACACUCUGGGCUUCUUCGCGGGUAACGAGAACUCAAACAGUGUCAACACCACCGGUGCCAGCGCCUACGUCAAGGCCGCCGUGCGUGACAUGAAGGCCUACAUCAAGUCCAAGAACUACCGCUCCAUCGGUGUCGGUUACUCCGCCGCCGAUGUCUCCGAGAUCCGUACCGACCUCGUCGACUACUUCAACUGCGGUGACUCGGACGACUCCGUCGACUUCUUCGGUGACAAUGUCUACGAGUGGUGCGGUGACUCCAGCUACACCGAGUCCGGCUACAACGUCAUGACCGAGGACCUGAGCAACUACUCCGUGCCUUACUUCUUCUCCGAGUAUGGAUGUAUCACCGUCCAGCCCCGUUCCUUCAGCAACGUCCCCGUCAUGUACGGCCCUAAGAUGGACUACUGGCUCGCCGGUGGUAUCGUCUACGAGUACUUCCAGGAUGCCAAUGACUACGGUCUGGUCACCAUCUCCGACGGCUCCGUCAGCACCCUGACCGGCUUCUCCUCGUACUCGAAGGAAAUCAACAGCGUCAGCCCCACCGGCACCAACAGCGCCAGCUACACGCCCACCAACACCGUCGCCCGGUCCUGCCCGACCGUCGGCUCUAGCUGGGAAGCCGCCAGCGCAUUGCCCCCGGCGCCCAACUCGGAACUCUGCUCCUGCAUGGAAGAGACGCUCUCGUGCGUGGUGAAGGACAGCGUGUCGAGCAAGAAGUACGCCGACCUGUACAGCACCGUCUGCGGCUACGGCGUGUGCGAGGGCAUCACCGGUAACGCCACCACGGGCAAGUACGGCGCCUACAGCAUGUGCACGACCAAGCAGAUGCUCAACUGGGCCUUGAACGCCUACUACGAGGAGCAGAAGGAGAAGGGUAACGGUGCUUCAGCUUGUGACUUUGCUGGCUCGGCUACUACUACCUCUACUACUUCUCCUACUGGUACUUGCUCGUCCCUGCUCAAGGCCGUUGGCACCGCUGGUACGGGUACUGUGUCGUUGUCUGCUGCUGCUGGUACGAGCACUGGUGACUCCGGUAGCAGUGGUUCGGAGAGUAGCUCUGCUGGUGUGCCGGGUUACAUGAGCUACACUGCUACGCUUGGGUUGGGUCAGUUGGUGGUGUUUGUUGCUGUGGGUGUGUUGUCUGGUACCGGAAUGAUUCUUUUGUAG